ACACGUUCCAUAGACAAAAAAUAGGAGGCAUGUUCAGACACACCUGCUUUGCUUUCGUGAUCACUAGAGGAGCUAACGAAACAUUCAAAUGUGCAAUGGGACACGAUAGUGGAUGGAUUGUUUCGGUUUUGAUUAGGAUACAACAUUCGACGUCGCUUUGGGGGUAAAUGGGGCCACUGAGCACAACAUUUGCAGGCGGACAUCAGCGGCAUGGCUUUUGCAUUGCGUUCGAAACUUUCUUUGCCAAUCUUUGAGAUUACGACUGGUGUUUACACGUACAACCACCCGAGAGAUCCGAUGCUGUUUUUAUUUUAUAGUGGCCACAGUGUCAACUGUCUGUAAACGAAAUGAAAAUAAGCACAAGAGAGCGCGUCAUGUUGAACUGUAAUGAGUUAUUGUUGUUGUGUGUUGAAAGUGGACGAAAGCACAGGACCAACCGAAGCAAACAUAUCACAAGGAAACAUUUGAAGACGUUGUUUAACAAACUUGAUAAAUUCAUGAAUGAUAACCAACUGACGUGCUUUGUUUGAAGAAAUUGAUACAUUGUUUAUGGACAAGUAUACAAUGUGACAUUGCAAUCUAUAGCCUACCUUCCUGCCUAAAACUGAGCCAUCCAUUCGCCCUACAGUUCUCCAUUGUCUGACAUUGUUUUGUUCAGUGAGUCAUGGAAGAAGAGGGCGACCAAGUCGAAAAGAUCUCUGAGGUCGAGCAAUCCCACCAUGAAUCCGCCUCUGAAAACGGAGUCAUAUUGGUUGUCAACCACAAUAACAUUCAGCCCCCUUUCAGCGUGGUGUUGGCCACAUUGUUGUAUUGUGUUGAGUUUGUCUGCGCAGCGGUGCUUUGCAACAUUUACCACAAGAGCGAUGACGACGUCUGGAUGGGGUUGACCAUCACCUUCAUGUUGGUGCCGGCUGUAUUGACUCAAUUGGCGCUGACAUUCAUUCAUAGAGAUUUAGGAAGAGACCGCCCCCUCGUCCUCUUCUUGCAUCUACUACUCCUGGGCCCGUUAAUUAGGUGUUUCGAGGCUCUGGUGGUUUACUUCAAGGCGGGUAAAGAGGAGGAGCCGUAUGUGACCAUCUCCAGGAAGAUCAAGCUGAAGAAGGACCAGGCCACGCCCAUGGAGUGGGAGAUCGGCCACUCGGAGCGCAAGCUGGCGACGCACCGGAACGCCUUCAAACGCACAGCCGUCAUCCAGGCCUUCCUGGGAUCCACCCCUCAGCUAACCCUGCAGCUGUACGCCAACAUCCAGGAGAAGUACUUCCUCCCUAUCAGACUGACUCUGAUGAUCAUCUGCCUCAUCUCCAUCACCUACGGGGCCCUGGUGUGCAGCGUGCUGGCCAUCAACAUCCGCUACGACGACUACAAGGUGCGGCUGCGCCCGGCCGCCUACCUCUGCAUGAUCCUGUGGCGGGGCCUGGAGAUCGCCACGCGCGUCACCUCCCUGGUGUUGUUCAGCUCCGCGCUCACCUAUUGGGUGAUCCCCGUGGGCCUAGGCAACCUGCUCUUCUUCUUUCUGCAGCCAUGGGCCGAGUUCUGGGCGCGACGUGCCUCGCUGCCCGACAACGUGGAGAAGAACUUCAGCAAGCUGGGCACCACGGUGGUGCUGUCGCUGGUCACCUUCCUGUACGCCUGCAUCAACAUCUUCUGCUGGUCGGCUGUGCAGCUGGACCUGGCCCACCGCGACCUCAUCGAGAAGAAGCAGCACUGGGGCCGCCUGGCCUCAUACUACAGCGGACGCUUCCUGGAGAACGGCGUGCUCAUCGCCCUCUGGUACUUUUAUAAGUCGGACUUCUACGCGUACGUGUGUGCCCCGCUGCUGGUGGCCCAGCUGCUCAUCUGCUACAGCCUGGCUGUGCUCUUCAUGCUACUCUUCUACCAGUUCUGCCACCCGUGUCGGCGCCUCUUCAGGCACAAUGUGCACGACUGCCUGGCCUGCGUCUGCUGCUGUCGGAGGGGCGUGGGGAGAGAGGGGGAGGGGCAACCCCACUCCUAUUCCACCACCGCCACCAUGGUGCUGGUGCCACUGGAGCCGCCUGAACGGCAGCCCCCCGACCUCACCAGCCAGCUGGGGGAGCACGAGACGGCAAUCGUUGAAGACAUGGAGGCGGCUUGAGAAGGCCCCAGCUACUGAACUAAUGGUUAUGUACACUCAGGACUGUUAUACCGUGAGUGGUGCAGAUUAGGGGACGGACAGAGCAGCUCGCUCUGCACUGCGGGGCACAGAGGACAAGUUUGUCCCAAAUGGUUAGCUAAUCGCGUUUAAAAAUGAUGCUGUGAUUUUAUCGAUGCUCCUCGUUUUAGAAUAACACAUGCACGCAGAGCCUUGGACUUAAAAAGAUCAGCCAUGAUAUAGACAAUGUUACAUCGCUGUUGUUGAAUGGAAAAUGGGUUACUGACGAGUGCACCGUUUGUACUGGACAUCUACUGUACAGGUAGAGAGGCAGUGGGCCACGGGAGACCAAAGAAUGUACUCUAUUAAGAUAUGCCUGCGUGAUGCACAAAGGCAGCCUUGAGAGAGCAUUACAGGGUCAGAUACAGUGGGGCCAGGUGUGUGGGAAGCAUGCCAAGUGUCUCCGGCCCUAGAGGACCGACUCGCCCUUUAAACUGGGACUUCCCCUGUUUACGUUCUCAGGGGUUUACUUCAUGAACAAACUUAACAUGUUGCAAUAGGUCACUUUUUCAUCCGCACGCCCAUAUGUAACAAAGGUUAGAUGAAAUCUGAGAUACCUUCCUCGUACUCCACCCACUGUAUGUAAUGAAUGGUUUGUAUUAUUACACUGAACAAAAAUAUAAACACAACAAUUUCAAUGAUUUUACGGAGUUCAUUAGGCCCUAUUCUAUG